AUGAUCAUUAAACGAUUGUUCACAACAAUAAUGUCUAAAAAAGCAGCAGCAACCUCAAAGUCACAAGAUUUUCUUUUGAAAACCCCUAAGGGGACUAAAGAUUGGGCUGAUAAAGAUAUGAUAAUUAGAGAGUCUAUUUUCAAUAAAUUAACAACCAAUUUUAAAAAACAUGGAGGUGUUACAAUAGAUACUCCAGUUUUCGAAUUAAGAGAAAUAUUAACAGGAAAAUAUGGUGAAGAUUCAAAAUUAAUUUAUAAUUUAGAAGAUCAAGGUGGUGAAUUAACUUCUUUAAGAUAUGAUUUAACUGUUCCAUUUGCAAGAUUUGUUGCAAGUAAUAAUAUAAGUAACAUUAAAAGAUAUCAUAUUGCAAAAGUUUAUAGACGAGAUCAACCAGCAAUGACAAAAGGAAGAAUGAGAGAAUUUUAUCAAUGUGAUUUUGAUAUUGCAGGAAAUUAUGAUUUAAUGAUUCCUGAUUCAGAAGUUUUAAAUAUAUUAGUUCAAGGUUUACAAGAUUUACAAAUUAAAGAUUUUAAAAUUAAAUUAAAUCAUAGAAAAAUUUUAGAUGGUAUAUUUGAAGCUUGUGGUGUACCUGAAGAAGAUAUUCGUAAAGUUUCUUCAGCAAUUGAUAAAUUAGAUAAAUCUCCUUGGGAAGUUGUUAAAAAGGAAAUUUUAGAAAAAGGUCAAAGUGAAGAAAUUGCAGAUAAAAUAUGGACUUUUGUUCAACAUAAUGGAUCAAUACGUGAAGUUAUUGAAAUUUUAAAAAAUAGUGAAUUAAAAAAUGAAACUGCGUUACAAGGAUUAAAUGAAAUGGAAGUAUUAGCUGAUUAUAUUGAAGCUUUUGAAAUUCAAAAUUAUUUGAAAUUUGAUUUAUCAUUAGCUAGAGGAUUAGAUUAUUAUACAGGAUUAAUUUAUGAAGCAGUUACUGAAGCUUCUGCUCCACCAAAGGAUUUAAAAGAAAAACCAAAAAAUUUAUCUUCUGAAGAUGAUGCUUCUGCUUACGUUGGUGUAGGAUCAAUAGCAGCUGGUGGAAGAUAUGAUAAUUUAGUAGGAAUGUUUUCAAAUAAUAAAUCAAUACCAUGUGUAGGUAUAUCAUUUGGAGUUGAAAGAUUAUUUUCAAUAAUAAAACAAAGAAUAGAUUUAAAUAAAAUAAAUUCUCAACAUACAGAUGUUUAUGUUAUGGCAUUUGGAUCAGGGUUUUUAAAAGAAAGAAUGCAAAUUAUAAAUAAAUUAUGGAAAGCAGGUAUAAAUGCUGAAUUUUUACAAAAGGAAAAAGCAAAUGUUAGAAAACAAUUUGAUGGAGCUGAAAAAUCAGGUGCAAAAUUAGCUGUAAUAUUAGGUAAAGGAGAAUUUCCAGAAGGUAAAUUAAGAAUUAAAACUUUAGGACAAGGUGAAGAAAAUGAAGGUGAUUUAAUUGAAAUUGAUGAAUUAGUUCCUUUUGUUAAAAGUAAAUUAGAUAAACAAGUAGAUGUAAUUACAGAAUCUUUGAAUAGUUUGUGA